ACAUGCACCUCACGCCGGGCUCCGCGCUUCAACCGUCAUCGGCCGAGGCAAGGGAUGACCCAUCGAGCCAGCUGACAGUGCCUCAGGUCAGCUGGUCACGCCGCCCCUCCGCCGCCGAGGUCAGGGAUGACCCGCCGAGCCAGCUGACAGUGCCCCAGGUCAGCUGGCCGCGCCGCCCCUCCGCGGUAGAAAUCGUCGAUGACGGCCUCUCCGGCCGGCUGGUGGUGCCCAUAUAUGACGAACCGGAGACCGGUACCGACGGUCUGCCGGUGGUGCUCCGUGGUGACGACGACAAGCCGGCCAGCACCAUCCAGGGCGUGUCCGUGUUCCAGUCGUCGGACGGCUGCUCCGAUGACGGCACGGAGGCGGACGGCAGCGACGAGGACGUGAUGGACGGCCCCGGCGUCUGCAGGCUCAGCUCCGUGCUGUCGCGGCUGGCGGCCGGCACUGACCUGGCCACGCUCUGGCGCGUCCCCUUCAUGAUGCACAAAUAUGGAGUUAGCUUCCUCUGCGUAUAUCUGCUGCUGACGCUGCUGGUCGGCUUGCCACUCUUCUACAUGGAGUUUGCCAUCGGCCAGUUCUCCAGUCGCAGUGCCAUCCAGGUGUGGAAGUUCGCACCCAUAUUUGCCGGCUUCGGCUACGCCAUGGUGCUGCUGUCGGCUCUGAUCGCCGUCUACGGCAGCGUCGUCGUUGCCUGGUCUUUGCUGUACCUCUUCUCCUCGAUGAACAAAGAAGUACCUUGGCAAAGAUGCAAAAUGGAAUGGAAUAUUACAAAUUGCACCGAGGUGUACAGAGACAAAAUCGUUUACUACGUGGACGGCAACGCUACUGAUAUAGUAAAUGUUUCGGAGAAUGCCUCACUGGCAGAACCCGAUCAUGUCGGCAUCAUCGCAGGCCCACAAGAAGUCUACAACGACACCAGGUCACACAUAUCAACGGAAGCCUUCUUCUGGUACGAGGUAUCCGACACGGCUUGCCCGGACGGCGACAUCCGCUACAAGAACUGGAGGCUCAUCCUUUGCCUUUUCGUCAUCUGGUGCUUCAUCAGCUUCACCUUCACCAGGAAAAUCAACUACAAGUCUAAAGUUAUAAACGCCGUGUCCGGCCUUCUGAUGUGCUUCUUUGUUGUGUUAAUCAUCAUCGCAGUACUGGCGAUAGACGAUGGAUCAGGAGCAUUUAUUGGACUUUCAUACCUGUUCCGUAUACCGUGGACCAACGUCGGCAGCUCAGAGAUCUGGCUGGACGCGUUCGGCCAGUUGGUGCUGUCGUACGGCGUGUGCACCGGCAGCGUCAUCUGCUACGGCAGCCGUCACCGCUUCCGCCACAACAUGCGCCGCGACGUGCUGCUCCUGUUCGGCCUGAAGAUGGUCGCCGCACUGGUCGUCACGCUCGCCACCUUCAUCACGCUCGGCUUCAUCUCCAAAAGGAUCGGCCUCGGCGUGGACGAAGUCGUCAAACACGGUCCGGAGCUGCUGCUGGUGGUCAGCAGUCAGGCGAUGCUGCUGCUGCCCGGACCGCCCGUCUGGUCGGCGCUGUUCUUCCUGCUGCUGGCCGUCGUCGGACAUCGGUACCUCUGCUUCUGGGUGGAGCCCGUGCUGCGCGCGCCGCUCGAGGUGCGCUUCGACCAGUGGCGGCGCAAGCGUCUGCAGGUGGUCUUCAUCGCCUGCCUGCUGAUGCUGGCCUCCGGCCUGGCGCUGGUUGGCUCGCACGGGCUGUACCUGGUGUGCGCGCUGGACCGGCACCUGCUGACCUGGGGGCCGCUGCUGGUGGGCGCCGUGGAGAGCAUCGCUCUCUGCUGGGUGUACGGCGUCGACAAGUGGGCCGCCAACGUGGAAGUCAUGCUCGGCUUUCACCCGUCGCGCUGGUGGACCACCGCCUGGAAGUUCUCCGUGCCUUUCGUUCACAUGGCGCUGCUGCUGUUCGGCCUGAUCCGGUACUCGGUGCCCCAGUACGGGAACGAGCGGCUGCCGGUCUGGGUGAACGUGGCCGCCGGACUGGUGGGCAUGGCGCCGCUGCUUGUGGCGCUGCUGCUCUUCACGCGUGACGCACUGCGGCCGCUGAAGGGGGGCCAGACCUCGCUCUGGCGGCCGGACGUCAGCUGGGGGCCGGUGAAGGAGCAACACCGCUGGGAGACGUACGGCGUGACGUUCGUGGCGCCCGAGCCCAUCCUCAUGGUGCACGUCGACUCGAUCCUCAAGCCGGAGCUGUACGGCGGCAUACCGCACGGCUACUACCUGCAGCCGAACGCCAAGGGCGCCGAGGCGUCCGAUGUACUGCGCCAGCAGGAGGAGCUGCGCAGGGCCCUGCGGCGCAAACUGAUGAUGCAAAAGCAGCUGAACUCGCUGUCCAAGAAGGUGGUCAUCAAGGAGUGUCCAGCCUCCUCAGACAGCGGAUCUGAGAGCACCAUCUCGUCGUCAAGCAGCUCUGUGGAGGCGCCGGGCCCCGGCACGCGCCGCAAGUCGAUUCUGGUCCAGGCAGCGCUACUGAAGCGGAGUCUGGAGACCAGCCUGUCCCGGCUUGGCUCCAAUGGCUCUGUAGACCCUGGACAGAUGGGCUCGUCGGGGCGGCCGAGCAUGGUGCCGCCGGCGGGGCCGGGACCGCGCGGUCGCGAGGCGCCUUCGGGUUCGGGGCAGGCAGACCCGGCGCUGUCGCUGGACGCCGGCCGCCUGCUCACCGUCAGCGAGGAGGCCGGCUACGAGAACGCCGGCUUCGAGCCGCGGCGCCGCCGAGGCCCGCAGAAACCAUUUGUGGAGGAGCAGACGGAGAUUCGUGGAGUGCCUCCAACGUAA